GUUCAUAACCAUUUCCUCAAGGGCAUUCUUUCCAAAGAUGCCCUCACUGCCUUUCAUCUGACAUCAAUACCAGAUUUCAAAUCUUUGUCACCAACUGAUAUUUAUAGUGUAUAUUUGAUUAUUGACUUUGAUCAUGCUCUCUCUCAGUUCAUUAGACAUUUUUCUCUCUCCACCGGUGAGCAUACCUGCUGGAACUACAGAUAUGGGUGCUUUAGCAUGUGGAAAAAAUUCCAACUGCAACUUCACUCUGCCUUCCAGCCACAGCUGAUCAUGCCAAGCAGAGUGGUACAGGCAUAUCCACCUGGUGAUAGUUUCCCCCUUGGGAACUGUAAUAAUGACCUUAUUGAUGUCAGGCAACAAUGGCCAAAUUAG